GAGGAAGCGCAGAGGGAAAACAUUAAACUCUUGCAGUAAAAACCCUCCAUAAAUAUAUAAAUUCUGUGAUGGACGGCCCCGGGACGGAUAGCGACUGGAGGAGCCCUCAGUUCCGACAGAAAGUCGUUGCUCAGAUUGAAGAAGCUAUGAGGAAGGCAGGAACCGCACACACCAAAUCGAGCAUUGACAUGGAGAACCACGUCUACGUAAAAGCCAAAUCCAGAGAAGAGUAUUUAUCUCUGGUCGCGAGGCUGAUCAUACACUUCAGAGACAUUCACAAGAAGACCCUAGGAGGCCCGGAUCCCAUGAAUGCCCUGACUAACCUGACAGGGGUUGGAGGCCCGGGCGCCAUCGGCAUGGGGCCUCGCCCUACUGGGGCUCCCGUUGUUGGCAUGGGGGCCAUGGGGCAGAUGCAGAUAGGGGGGCAGAUGCAGAUAGGCCAGCAUGCCAUGGCGGGGGUGGCUGGAAACCCGCAAGCCAUAGGGGGUCCAGGACAGAUCCCCAUGCAACAGAUGGUACAGGUGCAGCAACAGCAGCAGUCCAUUCAGUUCCAGCAGUUCCAGCAGCAACAGCAGCAACAGCAGCAACAGCAGCAGCAGCAGCAGAACGCCUUGCAACAGCAACAGCAGCAGCAGCAGAACGCUGCCAUCCAGCAGCAGUUUCAGGUGCAGCAGCAACUGAGGGCGCAGCAGAUGCAGCAGCAGCAGCAGCAGCAGCACCACCAGAACCAGCAACUACAGCAGCAGCAGCAGCAGCAGCACCAGAGCCAACAGCAGCAGCAGGCCCAGAGCCAGCAGCAGCAGAACCAGAUGCACCAGACGAGGAUCCAGCAGCAGCAGCAGAUGGUGCAGCUCCAGCAGCUCCAGCAGCAGCAUGCCCAGGCUCAGGCCCAGGCCCAGGCCCAAGCUCAGGCCCAGUCCAUUCAGCACAUGGUCCAGCAGCAGCAGGUUCAGGCUCAGCCUCAGCCUCAGCCGGGGCAGAUGCCUCCACACCCACAGCAGCAGCAACAACAACAACAGCAGCAACAGCAACAGCCCGGUAUGGUGCCUCAGUCUCUGGCCGGACAGAUGACUUCCGCUCAGCACGUUCCCAUCAGCUCGCUCAGUCAGCAGCAGCAGCAGCAGCAGCACCAGCAAAAGAUCCAGGCCUUCCAGGCCCGUGCAGCCUUGCAGCAGCAGCAGGUCCAGCAGCAGCAGGCAGCUCAGCAGGCAGCACAGCAGGCUGCCGCGCAGGCGCAGAUCAACGCAGCCGCUGCAGCUGCUGCCACCGCCCCGGGACAGGUGAGACUGCAGACGCCUCAACCUCAGUUGGUUCGUCCCGGGAUGAUUCCAGCCCGGAUGCCUCGAGCCCUGAAUCCCUCUAUCCCGCCUCCAAACGCUGCAGCUGCCGCCGCCGCCGCCGCUGCAGCUGCCGCAGCCGCCGCUGCUGCUGCCGCUGUGGGAGGACAGCCUAUGACACAGCAGGUACAGCAGCACUCGAUGAUGUCAUCGCCCUCACCUGUGCAGGUGCAGACGCCACAGUCGAUGCCCCCCCCUCCCCAGCCGUCACCUCAGCCCCCCAGCUCACAGCCUAACUCAGCCAGCUCCGGCCCCACACCGUCGCCGGGGGGGUUCCAGCCCAGCCCGUCCCCUCAGCCCUCACAGAGCCCCGCCAAUGCCCGGACCCCCCAGAACUACGGAGUUCCCUCACCUGGGCCCCUAAAUACUCCAGGUAAUCCCAGCUCAGUGAUGAGUCCGGCGGGAGCCACGUCGCUGGAGGACCAGCAGUACAUGGAGAAACUCAAACAGCUCUCCAAAUACAUCGAGCCGCUACGCAGGAUGAUCAACAAGAUCGACAAAAAUGAAGACAGAAAGAAGGACCUCAGUAAGAUGAAGAGUCUGUUGAACAUCCUGACGGAUCCAAACACCAGGUGUCCUCUGAAGACGCUACAGAAGUGUGAAAUCGCUCUAGAGAAGCUGAAGAACGACAUGGCCGUGCCGACCCCCCCGCCCCCCCCAGUGCCCACCAAGCAGCAGUACCUGUGUCAGCCGCUGCUGGACGCCGUCAUGGCCAACAUCCGCUCGCCGGUCUUCAACCACUCGCUGUACCGAACCUUCGCCCCCGCCAUGACUGCCAUCCACGGCCCCCCCAUCACGGGUCCCAACGUGACAGGCAGGAAGAGGAAGCACGAGGAGGACGAGCGGCAGACCAUCCCCAACAUCCUGCAGGGGGAGGUGGCCCGGCUCGACGUCAAGUUCCUCGUCAACCUGGAUCCCGCCUUCUGCAGCAACAACGGCACCGUGCACCUCGUCUGCAAACUGGAUGAUAAAAACCUUCCCAGCGUUCCUCCUCUGCAGCUCAGCGUUCCUGCAGAUUAUCCCGACCAGAGUCCGUACUGGGCCGACGACGGGGACCGUUACGACGCCAACAACUUCCUGAAGACGGUGCACAGAAACAUGACGUCCAAACUGCUGCAGCUCCCCGACAAACACUCUGUGACGGAGCUGCUGAACACCUGGGCGCAGAGCGUCCGGCAGGCCUGCCUGUCUGCCGCCUGAAGCCCCGCCCACUUCUGUCUGAAGCCCUGCCCACCAUUGCCUGAUGCCCCACCCAUCACCUGACCCAACCUGCAGACACCUCCUCCUCUCUGUGUUCACACCAACCAUUGCAUCAUUUCCGCUAACUUGCUUUACUGAGUUACUCCAUCAUGAUGGCUAUUUGUAAAGAAUCUGACUCAAUGCAGGACCAAAUAGCUUUUGGAAUGCUUGUUUUCUCAAUGGAGCUUGAUCGUGGCUAUGCUAACACGUUAGCUGCCUAAGAUAACCUCUAAAUACGGCAGCGAUGUUAUUGUUUAUACAUAGAGAUAUUAGGCGUGCCGAAGUAUUUACCCGGUGUUUCAUGGACAAACAGCAAUUACAUUACUCAGGAAUAAAACCCAUUUGGUGAAUAAUCGCUGAGGAGUUCAAGGCCCACGUGAAUAACCAAAAAACUGAACUUUGUAACGCAUCAGGGCUACAGUAAAGAGAAAAUCAGGGAGAGUUUACUGACAAGACCAUGGCAGUAUCUAGGUUUAACCAAAUGCUAAAAGAAAAACUGAUAAAGUCAGUAAAAUGUUGGUAUUUUCUUGUGUGGAGGACGUGCAAAGUAAGCAUUCUGAGAGUCCGAAAAAUAUAUUUUUCUUGCUAAAUGUCUACUGUAAGUACAGUGUAAGUUAUCCGGUGGCCAAUGUUCCUCACCCUGGCAUCCCUUAAAUAUAUUUCUAUGUAUAAUGUGCAUCUCUAAAAUGAUAUAAACUCCACCGCAUUUAACAAUGACAAUAAUCUUUCCUUUAUUUCUAAUUUAACGUCACGCACUUCUCCUUCGAAUAGGGAGACACGUCUUUGCAUUGACGUUGAUCAGGAAAAAAAACCAUUUAAUUUAUAAAGCACUUUUUAAGAACCCAAAUAAAGUAUACAAUAACAAACAUUUCAUAAAAGCAAACACAAAAACAAGAUUCAUUGAUUAGUAUAAGAAAAUAGUAAUCAUGAAACAGAAAGCAGUGUAAUCUGGUUUGGUGUGGACACAGCGUGAGUCGUCGUCCCCAUACACUACAGAACCUGCAGGACUUUUCCUCGUCAUACAUGUGCAGCUGUCCCCUGAAUGCCCCGUGACUGAUAUCUUGUAUUCUGAUCCCGACAUUUCUCUUGAUGCAUUCUGGGUAAAUUCAGACGUUUGCUCGGCUGCAGAAAUGACUUCUUCCACGCUGCAUUCAGAAGUCCCAUAGACAGAGAGCAGAUUUUAGCAGCUUGUAUAUAACAUGAACACAAAAAGGGAAAAAAACAGUAACCGGACCGCCUGAAAGGUCAUUUAUCCCGAUCUAUAUUCUGCUCCCUGAAUGCAUCACAUUGCUUCUGUUUAUUCUGUUUCCUGUUUGAGAUGUCAUUUCAGUUUUGUACCACAGAAGAGCGCUGUUGUAAAGAAAAACUCUACUUUGCUUUUCAAAUGAAAAUAUAAACAUAUUUUUUUGCUAUCAUGAAUAAAAACUUUUCAGUUCAACUUUUUAAAUAUA